CUGACUCGAUCUGUAAAAGCCACACGCGGAAAUCCAGAUGACUUGUAAAGCUGCUAAAAUGCGUUGCCGCUCCUGAAUAUAACCUCAGUUUAUAUUUGGCUUAAAGGAGACGCAACAAAGCGCACAAAAUGGUUGUGCAGCAGGCCCGGGCGAAUAAGUAGGUUUGCUAUAGCUUUAAGAACGCGAAAAUAGUGUCUGCUUCUUUAAAAUUAUAUCGGUUUAUUGCUGAAUAGAUAAUUAAGAAAAGUUUUCAAUCCCUAAUCAAUAAAUAUAUGCAUUUAAUUUGCGACGAAUCUAACGCAUUCACAGAAAAUGUCCCACUGUUGGAUAAAGGCCGCUUGCAAUCAAAACGUCUUUAUACCAGAUGUUGUCCGUUUUUCCUCAAUUUUCAAGUAAACCUGCUUGACUUUAAGCUGAAUUUGAAGUAAGCUGGAGUGUCCUCACGGUGAUGGAACCGGCUGGCGACCGAACCGAGGGUGUAAAUAAAGGCGAAGAGUCGGCGGAGGACAAGGCCGCAGAAGAGACCCCGGCCACCAGUACGGCCGGUACCCCACGGAGAGGGCUCAGAGAGCGGGGAGCAUGCCGCCCGAGGUCUGGCGUCUCUGCUUCACUGACAGACGUUAACGGGGCAGCGUCGAGCCCGCAGAGCUCAGGACGAGUUUUAAGGGACAGGUCCACGAGGGCAGUACCGGCCUGGCUGAAGGACACCAAGAGCGACGACGACGAAGACGAACCGAGCCCGGACACCGGUGCGACUAAACGGAGGAAAGUUUCCAACUCGAGGCGGAAGAAAAAUUCCGAAUCUGCGGGUUCGGCUGAGGCUGGAGGGGGGGUCGCAGGUGACAGCCUUCAAGGCACAGACUCAGAGGACCCCAAGAAGCCUGCCACAGAUGCUCAAGCUCUACCCUCCAGACGCCCCCCAGCCCAGACUCGUGCCAAGCCCCCGUCUGGCAGGGCUGUCCGCGGCUCUGCCAAGCCUGUGUGUAAGACCGAACCUGGAAUGGAGAAUCCAGCUGGUGAGCAACCUGUUGACACAGUGGAAGGAGAGGUAAAAAAUAAAGACAAAUAUGAAAUUAAAAAGAAAGAAGAGGAAAGCGAGGAUGUUGCUGAAUCAGUCUUGGAUGAUGAAGACCCUCCAUUUCGGGAUGACACAAAUGACCUCAGCUACCAGCCGCAGAGUCGGAGUGGAGCAGAGGAAGAAGAGGGUCUCAGCAGUGACGAAGAUCUUCCUUUUACAGAUGACCUUAACGACCAGAGCUAUGACCCAAAGGCUGAACGGGAUGUCCCUAAACCAAAGCGCAGAGCCCCGCCCAGACAGAAGGAGAGGAAAGAGAAAGAGAAAGAGAAGGCACCUAAAAAAGAGAAGGAGGUUGCUGAGAUAAAGAUAGAAGGUUCAGACAACUUGGAGGGUGUGGAAGAGGAAGUAAAGCUUGAGGAAGAAAUCGUGGAGGACCCAGAUGGACCUAGAAAGAGAGGCCGGCGAAAAAAAGACGACAAAACCCCACGGCUGCCAAAGAGAAGAAAGAAGCCUCCAGUGCAGUAUGUCCGAUGUGAAAUGGAGGGGUGUGGGACAGUCCUGGCUCAUCCUCGCUACCUACAGCAUCAUAUAAAGUACCAGCACUUGCUCAAGAAGAAAUAUGUCUGUCCUCACCCUUCUUGUGGAAGGCUUUUCCGACUACAGAAGCAGCUGCUGCGUCACGCAAAGCACCACACAGACCAGAGGGACUACAUUUGUGAGUUCUGUGCUCGUGCCUUCAAGAGCUCCCACAAUCUGGCUGUGCACCGCAUGAUUCACACAGGAGAGAAGCCCCUGCAGUGUGAAAUCUGUGGCUUCACGUGUCGUCAGAAGGCGUCUCUCAACUGGCACAUGAAGAAGCACGAUGCUGACGCUACUUACCAGUUCGCCUGCUCCAUUUGUGGCAAGAAGUUUGAGAAAAAGGACUGUGUGGUGGCCCAUAAGGCUAAGAGUCACCCCGAGGUGCUAAUCGCUGAAGCUCUAGCAGCCAACGCUGGCGCCCUCAUCACAACCCCUGCCUCCCUGCUAGAGCUGCCAGGAAACCCCAUGCAAGCAGAGGUUGCUGGCCUGGAUGUGAGCCAAAUAGGGCAGGAUGGGCAGGUGGACCAGCUGAGCCAUGAAGGGCAAGUUGGGCAGCAAGUGGCUCAGGUGUCCCAGAUGGGUCAUGUGACCCAACAAGUGAGUCACCAGGUGGUUUUACUGGGACAAGACCAGAGUCUCCACACCAUGCAGGUGCCAGUGACGAUCGCCCUGUCCCCCAUCGACCCCCCUUCACCAGCUGAAAACCAGCAGCAGACUCACCUCCAGCUCCAGAUGCCCGUCCAGUUUGUGCAGGCUGCUCAGCAGCCACAGCAGCCCCAAAUCCAACAACUGACCCUUCACUCAAGCUCAGUGGUGACCCAGCAUCAGCCCCAGCUGCAGCCUCUUCAGUCGUUCUCCUCCCAGCAGCAGAGCCAGGGGCAGACACAGAUCCUUCAAAUGACCUUCCAGCCAGUCAGCCAGUCUCAGACCCAUAUUCAGCAGAUCCCCAUUUUAGCCACCUCUCAGCAGCUUCAGACCCUGCACACAGCUGCCCUGAGCCCUCCUCUCCUGUCCCCAUCCCAGCCCCAGGACCCAGGCUCCACUAAUGGGGACAGCUUUAUUCUGGACAAUCCGGUGCUCUCGUCUUCCUCACCGCCAGCCAGCUCCCUUGUGCAGACAGAAGCUAUGGGGGAGGAUGGUGUUGUCUGGGAGCAGACAGGACACGGGGAAGCUCUGUCGGACAGCACUGAGAGACACGUGCAGCAGACUCUCAUGUAAAACAAGGACAGUGCACACAAAACAGAGGAUAGAGGCACAUUGUCAUCAGUAACCUGACAUACUGUAUUGCAAUGUUUGAGGUCAAUGUAGGAUCACCAAUAUAUAAUGUACUGUUCACUCAUAGUCAUAUUUGGUAGCUUUUUAGAAUAUCUGUAUCAGGGAAAAAUAUGUGUGUGUCUGUAUGUGUAAGUUGUUGCCUUUGUACAUAAGUCCUGUAAACUUAAGUAGCCUUUUAUGUGAGUGUGUGUGUGUGUAAUGAUGCUGAGGUUGCAAAGCUGUUGCUGUGAUGCAAUAAUAUAGCAUACCUCUUAGUAAUAUAUAGCACACACCUAGUGUGUGGCAUCAAGGCUCCUACUGAAAUAAACCAACUCUAUUUAUAUUAUUAACACAAAACACACAUCAGAAAGCUAUAGACAGACCCAAUAUGUGUGGGGUGAGUAAAUUCUGUUUAAAUGAAUAGGCAGCUAUUUUUUCAUUUAGUGUCCAGAUCUACUGUAAACCUUUAUUUGGCAAGGUUAAAAAAAGAUAACAGAAAACUGUAACAGAAUAACAUUUCAAACCCUGAAAAGCAGAAGACAAAAAGAUGUUUUACAGUCUUGUAAAAGUAUGUGUAUUUUAGUUAUUUGGCAGUGUCAUUAAAACUGUUUCACUGGCAGUUGUACAGCUGUUUGUUCAGCUUGGCUGGGAGACAUCGAAGGAAUAAUAACCCAUUUAAUGUAUGUACUACUCACAGAAGUCUUCAAUCAGCCAAACGCUGAUCUUGGAUAUUGUAAAUCACAGAUGAACCCAUAAAAUAACAGCAAGCACAGUCACUGAAUUAGAUAAUUAAACUCCAAUUAUGUCAAUAAAGUGUGAUGUAAUUUGAUGAGCAGAGCUAUGUAGAAACUUUGGAGCAUAUGUCAGUACUAAAUCUGCACCUCUGGUUUGUGAUUUAGGGUGUGUGGUAGAGCAAACACAAAAACUGUUCAUUUAUAAGAUGUAAAUAAACGUCUUAACAUUUC